AUGAGCACCUUUGGAAAGAUUUACCGGGUCACCACAUUUGGUGAAUCGCACUGCAAAGGCGUCGGCGCUAUUGUCGACGGUGUUCCGCCCGGCAUGGAGCUUACAGAAAAGGACAUUCAAACGCAGCUGUCACGACGACGACCAGGACAAAGCAAAUUAACCACACCUCGCGAUGAGAAAGACCGAGUGACCAUCAUGUCUGGUACAGAAUACGGUGUGACGCUUGGAACACCCAUCGGUUUACAAGUACCUAAUCUCGAUCAACGUCCUCACGAUUACAGCGAAACCGAUGUGUAUCCUCGUCCCAGUCACGCCGAUUACACUUACCUUAAAAAAUACUCUGUCAAGGCUUCCUCCGGAGGCGGUCGUGCGUCGGCUCGUGAAACCAUUGGCCGUGUGGCCGGUGGCGCCAUUGCUGAGAAAUACCUCAAAUUGGCCUAUGGCGUUGAAAUUGUCGCUUUCACAUCGAGUGUUGGCAAGGCCGCCAUGCCAUUCAUUCACGAUCUCGCCGAAGAAGACAAAUUGAAGCCUGAAUUUUACGAAUUUUUGAAUACCGUCACACGGGACCAGGUCGAUGCGGAUAUCACCCGCUGUCCCGACGCCACUACGGCUGAAACUAUCAAAGAAGUGAUUACCAAGAAAUCGGAGGAAAAGGAUAGCAUUGGUGGUACAGUGACAUGUGUGAUCCGCAACUGUCCCGUGGGUCUGGGCGAGCCUUGUUUUGACAAAUUGGAAGCACUUUUGGCUCACGCCAUGCUGUCGAUUCCUGCGACCAAGGGUUUCGAGUUUGGUUCGGGUUUCCAGGGUACAAAGAUGGCGGGCCAUCAACACAACGAUCCUUUUGUCAAGAAGGCCGACGGUUCGUUUGGUACCGUCACCAAUAACUCGGGAGGCAUUCAGGGCGGUAUCUCCAACGGCGAAAAUAUCUAUUUCCGAGUCGCUUUCAAACCGGCCGCCACCAUUUCUCAAGAUCAACAGACAACCUCGUAUGAUGGUGUGUUUGGUACCUUGGCCGCAAGAGGUCGUCACGAUCCCUGCGUCGUCCCUCGUGCUGUGCCCAUCGUGGAAGCCAUGGCCGCUCUUGUCAUCAUGGAUGCCGCACUGCAACAAGAAGCUCGCCAGGCCGCCAUGUCAAGGCUCCCUUCCAUCGACAUUCAUCACUCUCUUUUGGGAAAAGCACCUAAAGAAUAG